UAUUAGUUGAUGGGUCUUGAAUGUUGAAGAAUAUAUUGAAGGAAAGCAUUAGCUUGCCGUAAUGGCAAAUGAAGGUUCCUCAGGGAUAGGGCUGUUGCUUCUGUGCAACCUGUUGGCUCUUACAGGGCUCGUUUCAGCUUCUUUUAAUCGCAGCAGUUUUCCACCUGGCUUUCUUUUUGGAACAUCUGCUGCUUCUUACCAAUACGAAGGUGCAGCAAGUGAAGAUGGAAAGGGACCAAGUAUUUGGGACUUCUUUACUCACGAAUAUCCAGAAAGGAUUGCAGGCCGUGCUAAUGCAGAUGUAGCUAUUGAUUUUUAUCAUCGUUAUCAGGAAGAUGUUGAGAUUAUGAAGAAUAUGAGUUUAGAUGCUUUCAGAUUCUCUAUCUCCUGGUCUAGAGUGUUACCUCGUGGAAAACUAAGUGGAGGAGUAAACAAGAAGGGAAUUGAAUUCUAUAAUGAUCUCAUCAAUAAGCUUCUUUCAGAAGGUAUACAGCCUUUUGUGACUUUGUUUCAUUGGGAUCUACCUCAAGCUCUUGAAGAAGAAUAUGGUGGAUUUUUAAGCUCUCACAUUGUAGAUGAUUUCAAGGACUAUGCAGAGCUUUGUUUCAGAGAAUUUGGGGAUAGAGUGAAACACUGGAUCACAUUAAAUGAGCCCUGGAGUUAUAGCACCACUGGCUAUAACACAGGCCAAUUUGCACCAGGAAGGUGCUCCAAGUUCAUGAAUCCAGCAUGCCAAGCUGGAGACUCUGCAACUGAGCCUUAUUUGGUUGCUCACAACAUGUUACUUUCUCAUGCAGCUGCUGUAAAACUUUACAAGCGAAAAUACCAAGGAUCUCAGAAAGGAAAGAUUGGGAUAACACUGAUUUCUCAUUGGAUGGUGCCAUUCUCCAACUCUAAGCUUGACAAAGAGGCAGCUAGUAGAGCCCUUGAUUUUAUGUAUGGAUGGUACAUGGACCCAUUAACCUGUGGUGAAUACCCACAAGCGAUGCUUAACCUUGUUGGAAACAGAUUGCCUAAAUUGACCAAAGAUCAAUCUGAAAUGGUGAAAGGAUCCUUUGAUUUUAUUGGAUUAAAUUAUUACAGUGCAUUUUAUGCAGCUGCUUUACCUGCUAAUUCUAAUCCAAUUAAUAUUAGCUACUCCACAGAUUCCUUCACUAAUUUAACAUCCGAGCGAAAUGGAAUUCCUAUUGGUCCAUCAGAUGGUUCGAUUUGGAUUCAUUCAUAUCCAAAAGGCCUUGGAAAUAUUGUCAAAUAUACAAAGGAACGGUACAAUAAUCCAAUAAUUUAUAUUACUGAAAAUGGAAUUGAUCAGUUUGAUGACGGUACCUUAACACUUGAAGAACUUCGAAAUGAUACAUACAGAAUAGACUAUUACAAGCAUCAUCUUGUGUAUCUAAAUAAAGCCAUUCAGGAGGGUGUUAAUAUUAAAGGUUACUUUGCAUGGUCAUUGUUGGAUAACUUUGAAUGGGCUGCUGGUUUCACUAUGAGGUAUGGAAUUAAUUUGGUGGAUUACAAAAAUGGGUUGAAAAGAUCCCCCAAGGACUCAGCUAUUUGGUUCACCAACUUCCUCCAGAGAUAAGACCAAUUAUGCAGAGCAGAUUCCAUUUUUGGCUCAGAAAAAAAACAAUUAUAUAUGUUGAUGUUGUUUUUCUAUCCCAUAUGUUUUAUUAAUUAAUUUCUCAAAAAUAACACCUCCGAUCUCUGUU